UCGGGUUUUAUCCGCUGCGACAUAAAGAAGCAGGAAGUAAAAGCAGGCGUUCGUGACGUGAACGUCGCUUCAUAUAGUCUUUCGGGGAUUUCUUUGUUUGAAAUUUAAAGACUUAAACACAAAACAAGACGAUAAAUAUGACUCGCUCGACACUCAGGUGUGCUUUGUUUCUCCUCUAUGUCAGCUACGUUGUGUCCGACAGUCAAGCUUCUCAAAAUGGGAGCAGCAACGCCAACGAUACUUGUAGCCUGCCCAAGGAGGUUGGGCCGUGCCGUGCUUCAUUCCCUAGAUUCUACUACAACUCAAGCAACCAGGCAUGCCUUGAGUUUGUAUAUGGUGGCUGCCAAGGCAAUGGAAACAACUUUGUGAGCCUAGCAAAAUGCGAGUCCACCUGUGGCCAAGUCUCAGGUUCUGCUACGCCAACACCAUCCCCAGCUCUGGCUGAAUCAUUCGAAAUGCAGCAACAUUCCCAGCCAAGAAAGUCGAAUUAUGGUGACAUCAUUGAGGACAAAGUUGUCUCCGCUCAGGAAUAUGCUGAGCGCUGCGAAGCGGCGCCGAUGGUCGGUCCGUGCAAGGCAGCGUUCCGCAGCUGGUACUACGACAGCGAUGAGCGCCGAUGCAAGAUGUUCAUCUACGGCGGCUGCAGAGGCAACAAGAACAACUACAAUAGUCAAGAGAGCUGCUUGCAAGCGUGUCACGUGAGGGUUGUUCCUGCCCCCAGAAAGCUUCGACCAUCUGAUUCAUCCUCAGUUACAGAAGAAGAAUGCAUGUCGUCUCCCGACCCGGGUCCUUGCCGCGCUGCCUUCCCCAAAUUCUACUACCACGCGGAAAGUGACAGCUGUAAACCAUUCAUCUACGGGGGUUGCCAUGGGAACAGUAACCGAUAUGAAAGUGCCGAGGAUUGUCUGGCCCGUUGCAGCGGCUUCGCUGAUGGUUUCUUCGCAGGUCGGGACAAAUCACGGAGUCGUUGGACAGCAGGCUUCUUCGUUCUGCUGACCUUGGCGGCCGUUUGUACUGUUUUGGUGUCAGCCCUGGUGGUGACCAUGCUGAGACGAGUGCACCUGACCCGCAGGGCCUCCAUCGUCAGUGACAAAGAGGAGCUUCUUCCAGACGUCCACUCGUCCCUGGAGUCGCUCUCCGUCAAGAAUUUACCCACCAUGGGCAAAGCUUGAUUAAGGGUCACUUCAUUUGGUACAUCCUCCAAUCAGAACCAAUGCAAAGCAGGGAAUUCAAAUCUGAAGUGAAAAUGUGAGAAUUCCAAGAACUCUUUGGCUGCCAUUGACGGCAUUGGAUUUCCAAUCGGUUUUGUCUGCUUUGCUGUAUUGGGGGUGUACCUAAUAAAGUGGACGGUGAGUUUGACUUCAUGUCUACUUCCUGCCUUGAUGCUAUGCUAAGCUAAACAUGUAAGCACACUUUAAUGGGUCAAUGAAAGGAUUUAUUUUUUCUUUCUUUUCAAUUUUUAAAUAAUUUUGGUGUUUGUGCUCUCUCCACUCGCAGGUUUUUAAAACUGUUUUAUCUGAUUGCGUAUCAGCAUUUUGCAGCUUGAGUCACGUGUUACUAUCACGUUCAAUCAAUUUUCUUGCCGUGGACAUUUGUUGAACACUUUGUAUCAUUUGUUUUGCUCGAACUUGAUAAAAACUGACAACAGCACAUUCAAUGGUUUGUUACGCGACAAGUUUGAAUCAAACGCUUGCAAUCUAAUUGAGGAAUUUUUAAUAAAAUCUAAGGUUUUCGUGGGUAAAA